UUACAGACUAUUAAAUCAUGACAAGCCUAAAAGCUGAGAAAGCCGUGAUUGUUCCUGGCAACGGAUGUGGAGACGUUGCUGACUCUAAUUGGUAUGGUUGGGCAAAUCGGAAACUGAACGAAAUUCCUGGAUUUUCGUCAAUCUUACGGAAUAUGCCUGAUCCUAUCACAGCCAGAGAAUCAAUAUGGCUGCCAUUCAUGAAGGAUGAACUGAAAGUUGACGAGAAAACUAUUAUUAUCGGUCAUUCAAGUGGAGCCUGCGCUGCAAUAAGAUUUGCUGAAUCUAAUCCGGUUUACGGGAUAGUUCUGGUUGGAGCCUACCAUACAGAUUUAGGAGAUUAUAAUGAGGGAGAGAGUGGAUAUUUCAAUCACCCUUGGCAUUGGGAGAAAGCCCGCGAAAACACUCAGUUUAUCGUACAGUUUGGGUCAACUGACGAUCCAUUCCUGCCCUGGAGCGAACAGGAAUUCGUCUCUACCUCGCUUCAUGCCGAUCUUAAGAAGUUUGAAGAUCGAGGACAUUUCAUGGACGAGUCCUUCCCUGAACUCAUCUCAGUUGUGAAACAACAUCUGAAAUAGUAUUUGACCAAAGGGACUGUAAACGUAAUUUCAAGUGACUCUAUAAUAUUUAAUGAGCUGUAUGUCUAAUUCACACGAUAACACGUUUAUACUCUUCCCAUCUUUACCUGGAUAACAAUGAGGAAGAAAUUGUCGUUUUUCUAUCUAGCACUUAUAAUAUUCUGUUGGUAGAUAUCCGUCUUCUCACUCUCCAAGAGCAGAUACAUUAAAAUAUGAUCAAUUUUCAGAUAAAAAAGCACAAAUAUCUUUGUAACUUUUGUUCUGAGUUGGGUUAAUGGGUAAUGUUGUGAAAAGAGGUCGCUUGAAAUUACAUGAAUGGUUAUCACCAACAAGAAAAGGGGGGGGGGUAGGGCGUAACCGCAACGGUUGAUAAACUUGUCGCUGCGGUCACAUCUUGAACAGCGAAAAUGUAUGCAAAGUGAUGCAAAUCAUUUUGAUUCCUGGAAUGUCGAUCCCUGUAAAACUAGCUGAAGUGCCCGGCGUUGCCAAUGGAAAUCUAUUUUGGGAUUUAAAAAUAAUUCCAUUGAAAAAAAUUAAUACUUCUGAUAACAAAAACGGAAUUAUUUCUAUUGAAUGUAUUGGAUCUAACAAAAACGGAAGUAUUUCUAUUGAAUGUAUUGGAUCUAGUACCCCUUCAUUGUGAUAAUUACAAAAAAAAAUUCUAAGCUUUUUCUAUAAUUUCCUACUUACACAGUCACAUUUUGAAUGAAAAUUUUGAAAAGACUGAUCUGUUCUCAGAAAUAUAUAAAUUAAAUUGUUUCAGAA